AUGGACCCUACAACUCCCUCGGAGAAAUCUUUGCGGUCUUCUUUCUCUUCUGUUCGAGAGGCCGACUCUGAUUUAGCUCAGAAUUUUACCUCCACCAAGAUAUCCUCUUACUCUAAGCUAGGUGAAGAAGUUGAAGAAGCUGUUGACGACCUACCCUCGCCCCCGGAAAUGGCCACGCAGACCCAGUUCAUUCCUCCUGUAACUCAGCCGAACAGUAGGUUGCACGGCUGUUGGUUUCCAGCUGUCGCCGCGGAAGGCUUCCAAGGCUGGAAGCAGAUAGGUGUAAAAGGAAGGCAGGCCAGCAAGAGCUAUGGUGAUUUGCAGGCUUUGAAGAUUGUAUGGUCCCCGGCGCCUCUGAUUAAGAAGGAUCCCGAACGGCCCCCUCCAGGACAGUCCGCUAUUGAGAAGUUGCCCGCGGAGAUACUUGAUCAGGUCAUCGAUCAUCUUGUCCUCGAUGUCCCGCCCAAUGGAGUUUCGGCUCGAAACGUGGACCUCAUGUCCUUGUUGCUGACGUCGAAAAUGUUGCACUCAGCGACGUUGAAUGCGCUCUACAAGAAUAUCACCAUUCCGCAUUCGAGAAUUUUCCGAAAGUUCUUGUCUCACAUCGCACAAAACAAAGGGCUGGGGACUAUUGUGCGGCGGUUGGACUUCAGCCACUUUAACCCCACGACGCUCUUCGCAACUGCGAGCGAGCGAGCCACCACCCGUAACCUAACACCCGAGACCUUAAUGCAAUGCUUAGAGCUAACCCCUUUCCUUCGUGAGUUCUUGGCGCAGGAGUAUAUCGAAGAUGAGAUCGAUGCCAAUGUCUUGCGGAAGUUAUUUUUCGGGCUAGAAAGGCUGCAAGGCAUCGACUUCUGCGGCUGUUCGUCUACUCUCUUCAAGAACUCCUUCCAGUCUGUACUUUUGUCCGAUUGGCCCGAAGCGCUUUUGAUUUCUCGGUUAUCUCUACACAAAUGCAUUACCUUGCCUUCGUCCGUGUUCGAGACGUUACUCCCUCGUCUGGGUGACUUAACCCAUCUAGACCUUGCAGGGACGCGGGUUACGAACGAGGCGCUCUUAUCUAUCCCGCACAGCGCCAAGAUCACGCACCUAAACCUUGCCAAAUGCAAACUCUUGACAGCGGACGUUAUCAUCGACUUCCUUGCUCACCACCCGGCAGUUCAAAACUUGGUGGUAUUGAGUCUUGGAGCAGACGCACGAAGCCAUCAGCUUCUGAAUGAGGAAGAUCUGAGCAAACUCAUACCAGUCCUUCCCCAUAGCUUACGUUCGCUAAGCUUGAAGGGUAGCAAAAUGGCUGCUUCGCACAUUGAUUUGCUACGUCCAUUGACAAAACACCUGGAAGAGCUUGCACUGGGACGGAGGUUAAAGAUCACCGAUAUCGAUCGUCUCUUUGUGCCUGACGAGAGUAACGAUGGCAACAUAGGCCAAGAGCUGGAAUGGAUCCCACACUCGCUGAAAUAUUUGGAUCUUUCUGACUAUACGGCCACGGAACUCGACCUUAUCACCAUGUUCGGUCGAAAUACGUCAAUAAUGAAGAAAUACUCUUCGCCGUUGGAAGUAAUUGAGGUUACGGAUGACUUAUAUUCUCGAUUGGCAAAAUCUCCGGUUGUAAAACAGCUGGGUUGGACAGUUAUGGAGAACGGCAGCAGAGCUUGGCUUGUCCGUGUUCACAAUGCUGAGGACGGGCCCAGGGACUCGGGUCUUCGAUCUUGGAAGAUGGGCGCCUCGUUUUGGGGUAUGCACAAGAUACCUAUCGCCUGUGCUGAAGUUGGUGGCAUGUAUGGUUCAUAUAUGUUCAAACGGAAGCUGUAG